AUGGAGUUCUAUUUUGAACAAGAGGUUGAGCGUAUUCACUUCAACAAUGGUAACACUGGAAAAAUAACAAUAAAUACACACGGGGAAAUUCAGGCAUACUAUUGUGAAUAUUCCGCAUUUUACAGUGGGGUUUUGCCUAUUUCCACUGGUACCAAAGCUGAUCUGGUUACAUGUGCACAGACCUGCUAUCUACAAGUAGUACCAAGAAAACUUUAUUUCAAACUUUGUUUUUUUGCUGUAAUACAAUCUGUUUCCAUGUUAAAGGUUAAUAAUCAGAGACUACGUCGCAUGUGUAUUGUUGAACUAUCCCUGAGUAAAUAG